AUGGCCAAUGAAAAUAAUGUAACUGAGCUAAUUUUCACUGGCCUUUUCCAGGACCCAGAGGUACAGAAGGUGUGCUUUGGGCUGUUCCUUCCUGUGUAUGUGGCCACAUUGCUGGGCAACAGUCUUAUUAUUGUGGCAGUCAGCGCGAGUAAGACUUUACAUUCUCCCAUGUACUUCUUCCUCAGCUCCUUGUCUCUGGUGGAGAUCUUCUACUCCUCUACGAUUGCCCCUAAGUUCAUCACCGACUUACUUGCUAAGAUAAAAACCAUCUCUCUGAAGGGCUGCCUCACUCAGAUAUUUUUCUUUCAUUUUUUUGGGGUUGUUGAAGUCAUUUUGCUAGUGGUGAUGGCCUAUGACCGCUACGUGGCCAUCUGCAAACCUCUUCAUUACAUGUACAUCAUGAGUCGUCUAGUGUGCCAAAGGCUGGUGGCUGGUUCCUGGCUGGGGGGCCUCAUUCACUCCAUAAUCCAGAUCCUCAUCACCAUCCCAUUGCCCUUCUGCGGUCCCAAUGUGAUUGACCACUACUUCUGCGACCUGCAGCCAUUAUUCAAGCUUGCCUGCACUGACACCUUUCUGGAGGGGGUUAUUGUGAUGGCCAACAGUGGUCUAAUCUCUAUAAUCUCUCUCUUCAUCUUGGUGUCCUCCUAUGCCAUCAUUUUAGUCAGCUUGAGGAACCAUUCUGCAGAGGGGAGGCGCAAGGCCCUGGCCACCUGUGCCUCUCACAUCACGGUGGUCUUCUUGUACUUUGGGCCUGGUGCGUUUAUUUAUAUGAGACCUUCCUCCACCUUCACUGAAGACAAGCUUGUGUCUGUGUUCUACACGGUCAUCACCCCCAUGCUGAACCCCAUUGUCUAUACACUACGGAAUACAGAAAUGAAAAAUGCUAUAAGAAUGUUCUGGAACCAAAAAGAGAAUUGA